CUGCCAAUAAAAAACAUUUACGAUCUUUGUCUUCUCGUAGUCCCAAAACAAAAACAAAAACAGAAAAAUGGAACAUUUUCAAUCUCACAGGGUCCAAGUUGUAACCGUAGCUGUUGCCUUGGCUGCCGUAGGUGCUGCCACGGCUUAUUAUCUUUAUGUUUCGAAGAAACCCAGAAAAGCUGCUUGGAUCCUGAAGAAUUCAAGGAAUUCAAGCUCGUUAACGCACUUUUGGGGCUUCCAAUUGGACAACAUAUGAGUUGCAGAGGAAAGGAUCAGAAUGGUGAAGAUGUUAUCAAGGCAUAUACUCCAACAACUUUGGAUUCAGAUUUAGGGUACUUUGAACUAGUCAUAAAGAUGUAUCCUCAAGGAAGGAUGUCCCACCACUUCCGGGAGAUGCGUGAAGGUGAUUCUUUGGCUGUGAAGGGACCCAAGGGACGCUUCAAGUAUCAACCUGGCCAAGUUAGAUCAUUUGGCAUGCUGGCUGGGGGCACCGGCAUCACUCCGAUGUUCCAGGUUGCUAGAGCCAUAUUAGAAAACCCAAAUGACAAGACCAACAUUCAUCUUAUUUAUGCCAAUGUUGCUUACGAGGACAUCCUGUUAAAGGAAGAGCUCGAUGAGCUGACCAGUAGAUUUCCUGAUCAUAUCUCCGUCUACUAUGUUCUGAAUCAGCCACCGGAAGGAUGGGAUGGUGGUGUAGGGUUCAUAUCCAAGGAAAUGAUUCAAGCCCAUUUCCCCGCCCCUGCUGAAGAUAUCAAGAUUUUGAGGUGCGGACCGCCUCCGAUGAACAAGGCAAUGGCCGCCAAUCUUGAAGCUCUCGGAUACUCUUCCGAAAUGCAAUUCCAGUUUUAAGUCUCCAUUCUUAUGUCAUAGCCUGCAAUUUUUUAAAAUGAAUCAAGUGAUGGUCAAUCACCAAAGGAAAACUCAGUCCAUAAUAUGGUUGGGACUCGAAUGAUCUUUUAGCAU